UUUGUGUCAACCUCAAUAAUAUAUUAGUGAGAGCUUCUAGAUUUUGACUACACUACACUUCUUCAUUCCCUAUAUAUAUAUAUAUAUAUAUUCAUGAGCAAAAUCGUUUCAAGAUAGAGAGAUAAAGAUCACAGACAUCCAAUGACGAUGACGAGUUGUGUCAACCUCAAAAUAUGGCUUCUUAACUUUGUUAUCUUGUUUAGUAUGGUUUCCUUGUCCCAUGGAAGACUAAAUGCUCAAUUUCAAGUGAAAGCAGUUAAUCUAGGUGGUUGGCUCGUUACUGAAGGUUGGAUGAAACCGUCUCUGUUCGAUGGCAUUCCAAAUAAAGACUUCUUGGAUGGAACUGGUCUUCAGUUCAAGUCUGUGAUGACAGGGAAGUAUCUUUGUGCUGAGUCCGGAGGAGGAACAAUCCUAGUUGCAAAUUGCACAGAUGCUUCGGGUUGGGAAACAUUUAGAUUGUGGAGGAUAAACGAGGAUACUUUCAGAUUGAGGGUGUUUAACAAACAGUUUGUUGGGUUAGAUGGGAUUAACGUUGUUGCUGUUUCCAAUAUUUGCACUUAUUCUGAGACAUUUCAUAUAGUUAAGGAAAGUGACAAUUCAAGUCGAAUUCGAAUCAAAGCUUCUAAUGGAUACUUCUUGCAGGCUAAGACCCAGGAGCUGGUGACUGCAGAUGUUUCAGAGGUGAGAGAAUGGGAAGAUGAUGACCCAACCAUUUUUGUGAUGACAAUAGCUGCAAGGUUGCAAGGGGAAUUCCAAGUCACAAACGGUUAUGGGCCCACAAAAGCUCCCCAAGUUAUGAAGGAACAUUGGAGUACUUUUAUUGUGGAAAAUGAUUUUAAAUUCAUAGCCAGUAAUGGAUUAAACGCUGCCAGAAUUCCAGUAGGCUGGUGGAUAGCAAGUGAUCCAAAUCCACCCUGGCCAUAUGUGGGAGGUUCCUUGCAUGCACUAGACAAUGCCUUCUUGUGGGCACAGAAAUAUGGAUUGAAAAUCAUCAUUGAUCUUCACGCAGCACCCGGUUCACAAAAUGGCUUUCAGCAUGGUGGUUCAAGAGAUGGUUCUCAAGAAUGGGGAAAAACAAACAAAAACAUUCUCCAAACAGUUCGUGUUAUAGAAUUCCUAACUGCAAGGUAUGCGAAGAGGCCAAGCUUUUAUGCAGUUGAGCUCUUGAACGAGCCUCUCUCGCCUGGUGUGACACUAGAGAUGUUGAACAAGUAUUACAAGGCUGGCUACGAUGCUGUGAGAAGACACUCCCCCACAGCUUUUGUGGUGUUGUCAAAUAGGAUAGGACCCUCAAAGCCCAAGGAACUCUUUCCUCUUGCCAAUGGCCUUAUGCGAUCUGUGAUUGAUGUUCACUACUACAACAUCUUUGAUGAUGUAUUUGAAAACAUGUCUGCCCAACAAAACAUUGAUUUCAUCUACACCAACCGAUCAUCACAGUUGAAUAAUAUUACAACCUCAAACGGAAAUGGUCCUCUUACUUUUGUUGGUGAAUGGGUUGCUGAUUGGCGGGUUAAGAAUGCUACCAAAGAGGACUUCCAAAGAUUUGCUAAGGCCCAAUUAGAUGUUUUUGGGCGAGCUACAUUUGGGUGGGCUUAUUGGGCUCUCAAAAAUGCCAACAAGUAUUGGAAUUUGGAGUGGAUGAUCGAGAAUGGUUACGUUAAAAUUUAGAAAAUUCCAGUUUCUUCUUAGGAGCUAUAUGAUUCAAUUCUCUGCCAUAAUCUAUCCUCUGUGAUCUCUCCUUAACAAUUAUGAUUAUAGGCAUGCCAAACUUUAGAGCUUUGACUUUCUUUACCGCAGAAAGUAAAUAACAAAGUUGUAAAAUUUUCAAUUAGCGAAGAAGAUUAAAAAUAAUUUCAUAAGAAAAAAAGAAGAUUAAAAAUAAUGGAACGUAUCGUCUAUGUUAAC